UGCGCAGGAAGUGGUGAGGCUGAGAUUAAUUCUGUAAUGCUUUUAGGGGAGACACAAUUACAGAACAGCGUGGUGCCGCGGAGUCUGUGGCAGGUGUAACUGCAAGCUUUACGUUACAGUAAUACAGAGCUUCUGGGUGAGGGGCGAACGAGCACAGACUACAUACUCCGAGCGCUUCUGUCGUAUCAAUAUUGCACGCUGCAACUUCUGGACGCUCAUAUUCCCUGCAUACUCGCACAACGGUACAUGGGGAAGACAGCCUAGAAGCAUCUCCGUCAAUGGUGUCCAGCCGACGUGGGCUUUCCGUCAUCCACUGAAACGCUUUUGCAUACCAAUAUAUGGAGCGAUAAAACGGAUCUGGACUGCUGGUGAGCCCGGGAUCAGUCAACCUGGAUGGUUUGUUUUCGGAUAAACACCUUACACGUCCACUGCAAAGAGGGAAUCCGGGCGUGCGGUGCGGGCUUCGCCUCCGUAAGCACGUUGGUGUAGACCUGCUGCAUUCACUUGGAUGUCGCCGAUGUACACGUUUACCGCAGCUUAUUCUUUUCAAUUAGGACCUGCCGUGCCUUAAUAGCCUACGUUCUGCCCAAGCGAACCCUCUUUGGAUUUAUAUAAUAAAGUGAUUUUCGUUUCUUUAUUGUCUGGACUCCGGCGCUUCAGGAUUAUUCACCACAAACGAAUAGAAAGGAAACCACCAGGAAGCGAGAAGGGAACUAUGUGUGUCUAGAAUUGGCAGGAAUGCCCCAGACUCUGUGCUCCAGCAGUAUGUUCACUCCUAGUGGAUUCAGCCCUCACCUGGUCCCCGGCGAGGAGCCCCCCCAAGACGGCCCUGGACCAGGCCCCGGAAUCCCAGAGGGACCUCAGCUCACCUCCGCCUCCCUGGACGCCCUAAUCCAACACCUGGUGCCCACUGCUGACUAUUACCCAGAGAAGGCGUACGUGUUUACCUUCCUCCUGAGCUCACGUCUCUUCAUCCCUCCUCACGACCUGCUGUCGCGUGUCUGUCAGCUCUGCAUCAAACAGCAGCAACUGGAUCAGAUUCCUCUGGACAUGGCCAAGGUACGCAAGUUCGGACCCAAGAUUCUGCAGCUCCUGACGGAGUGGACAGAAACCUUCCCCUCCGACUUUCAGGAAGAGGAGAUGGUGGCUCACCUGAAAGACAUCAUCCACAGGAUAGCACCGGUUGAUGAGGCCUACUGGAAGACCAUGAACCAGAUCCUUCAAAACGUGAAGCAGAAGCUGGCGACCAUGAGCCAAGGGGACGACAGCAUCGUCAAAGUCAACGCCUCUGUCUCCGAUAAGCUGGUGGCCUUCAAGACCAAACCCCCGCCCAUCCAGAAGGACAUCCUCAGCAUCUGCAACGACCCCUAUGCCCUGGCCCAGCAGCUCACAUACGUGGAACUGGAGCGCCUGAGUCACAUCGGACCGGAGGAGUUUGUCCAGGCCUUCGCACAGAAAGACCCGCUGGACACCUCUCAGCCCUGCUUCAGCGAGCAAAAGAAGAAGACCAGUAACCUGGAAGCCUAUGUGAAAUGGUUCAACAGACUCUGCUACCUGGUCGCCACGGAGAUCUGCAUGCCGGCGAAGAAGAAGCAGCGAGCGCUGGUGAUCGAGUUCUUCAUCGACGUGGCCCGAGAGUGUUUCAACAUUGGCAACUUCAACUCCCUCAUGGCCAUCAUCUCCGGCAUGAACAUGAGCCCCGUAUCUCGGCUGAAGAAGACCUGGGGAAAGGUGAAGACUGCCAAGUUCUUCAUCCUGGAGCACCAAAUGGACCCGACCGGAAACUUCUACAACUACAGAACGGCUUUGAAGGGUGCGGCGCACCGGUCACAGACAGCUCACAGCAACAGGGAGAAGAUAGUCAUCCCAUUCUUCAGCCUGCUCAUCAAAGACAUCUACUUCCUCAAUGAAGGGUGUGCCAACCGCCUUCCCAACGGGCAUGUCAACUUCGAGAAAUUCGUGGAGCUGGCGAGGCAGGUGGGGGAAUUCAUGACCUGGAAGCAGGUGGAGUGCCCAUUUGAGCAGGACCGGCACAUUCUGCACUACCUUCACACCGCGCCCAUCUUCAAUGAGGAUGGGCUGUACCUGGCAUCCUACGAGAGCGAGAGCCCAGAAAACCAAGUAGAGAAAGACAGGUGGAAAUCUCUCAGAUCCACCAUCCUGGGGAAGACAUGAGGAGGGGCGGACAAGUCAGCACAAGAAGGGGACACGUUCAUUGCACUAAAAAGAGACUCUGAAGGAACCAAGCUGGAACUUAGGUGUUUUUAUUACAACCGAAGAAAUCAAGAAUGAUGACAGGACUCAUCAGGAAAAAAUAAAUCAAGAAAGAUAAACAUUGUACAGAAUUGCGAACACAGAGAGGACUUAAGCAAAUUGCCCUUGCAAAGUAUUAGAAUAUAUUUUUUCUUUAUUUUGCCCUGAGCAUCAGGAGCCAACUUGUGUAUAUAUUUAUACAUUCAGAGUCAGGGUGUAUGAGGUGAACGUGUAGAGGAAUGAGUGCGUAUUGAUAUCUGUGCGAGUGACCGAUCUGUACGUCGUCUUUUCCUCCAGUGUAGUUUUUCUUUAACGAGGUUCCGAUAUGAAGUACAAGCAGAAGGAUGUACAGCCCUCCUGUUUUAUAUAAAUUAUUGAUAUUUUUCUCUGCCCAACAGCCUUGUGUGACUUCAGUGUUGUAACAUUGUCAUGAGCGUAGGGUCAUGUCUGUCCCAGAAGGCCCAAGGGACUGUUUGGUCCCAUUUUGUUUACUGCGAUCUGAGACGUGUGGCAUCCUUCGGAAGUAGAGGCCGUUCACGGUUUAGCUGGAAAGUUCACCGUUGCUAUUUUUCUCUCCGGCAAACACUGCCUUCAUUGGGGCAGGCAGAUAAGCUAAGCGACUCCUUUGACUCGUGCCCCAUGGCGGCAACUCUCUGCCAGUGGUUCCAGCAAACUAUGGAUGCUGAUGACCGAACAGCUAUGGAGCAUUCACCUACAAUCGACACGCCGUGGAAACACCCCCUUCGUCAACCUCUGCCAGCUUUCAUUUUGCAGUCGAUUCGACGAUAUCGAACCCCCAGUCAGGUCGACGGGCCUGGCUGACCAUUGGGCGACGAGGAGGGAACUUCCCACUUCUGGUUUGCAGGACAUUCAUCACUGACUGAUAUUCAGUUGUUAAACGUUCGUUUGAAAAUUCUGUAAUGACAGAUUUGUGUUGUUGUUUUUUUAUUAUUAUUAUUAUUAUUCUGCUAAAAGGUCAAUUCCUCAUGGCAUGUUUAAACAGCAUUUUUUUUAAAAAAAAAAAAGGGCAUUAUGCUUUUCAUGUCGUAACACUGAAGGCAUUAUUUUCUCAAACACAAAACUGUGUCAUACCACAGCAGUGUACUUAUUCUUUUUUCUUUGUAAUGUAAAUGUGAAUAACGUGGUACGUUUGGGACACUUUUUGGCGUGAGGUUUAUAAUGGGAACAAACGGAAAACGAUACUCUUUUAGGUCCUUACUUAAAACAGAGGGAUUUUUUACACACAGAAUCUGUUGUUUUUUGCUGGAAACAAAAUAACAGUCGUGUCCUUCUCGCUUAAUCUCUUGUUGUUAAUGACAAUGAUGUUGUAUAAAGUGGUUGCAGAGUUUUGAUUUGCUGUCUCAUGGCAAUGGGGGUGGGAAUCUGGGAGAGGGAUGUCAUGUGACAUGGGUACUUUCUAUGAUAAUUUAAUUUCUGAAGUCUUAUUCUGCUUAAAAUGGUUGUGUGAGUGGUGUGCUUGUGGGACACCUUACUGUGCAAAGUUCCGCUCCAUUCUGUUUGGUCGAUAUCACUUUUGCUUUUCAAUGAAUAUGGUUAUUUUUGGUACAUUUGACUUUUACUCUCUGAUGUCAUUUCGUGGAAUAAUCUUCCUAUAGUCUGGUUGGCUAGCACAGAAUCUUCUCCCUUCUCAUUGGCUGUCAUCUCUUAGGACAGAUAUGUCUCCAGAGGGCAUUCUGUCUUAUCGACACAUUGCUGCAGGACCUGACAGGAAGCCACCCCCAAAAACAUUUUAGUUUCCACUUGUGUCCACUUGUCAGAUCCCGGUCUCUGCUUCCACUAUAACAAUAUAGUUGUCUUGUUAAUACAGCAAGAGCCCUGUUAUCAGAUGUUACACACGCAUUAUGAGCCAUCAAAAAUGGUACGUUGAGAUUGUACUCAGAGGCUACGAAGACAGCACAGUAGAUCUUCACACAUGUCGUACUUGGCUGAGAUUUCAUGGGAGACUCCCUUCUGCUAGCGGGCAGGGGUGAUGGUGGGUUUAUAUGUCUUUAUUUGGGUACCAUACAAUGUAUUUAAAAAAUAAACAUAAAUAAAAACAAUGGUGUCUGUGA